AUGCUUUUCAAAAUGGGACAAAAUUUUCAGCGGGCCACCUUUGCGUUUAUUACCAACCCAUGCGCGGAUUUAAAACGACGGCGGCGCCCCUUGCUAUGGCACGGGGUGGGGGGGCAUAUGGGCCACACUUCCCACCCACAGGGAAAAGCGCCGCCCUAUAAACCCCCCACCCCGUCAGAAACCAAACUUGCCCAUAUACCCUUUGGCAGGGGGGCUUUAAGAAAGACGCCUUUAACCCACCUAGGGCGGAGAAGCUGCAAAGCUGCGCGUGGGCUUUUUUGCGAGCGCGGCCCUGUGGAAACCCCCCUUCGCCAGCCCCCUUGGCGUUCUCAGCCGCCGAUCCCACGCAAAAACGCCGCUCUCGACUCGACGAUUCGCCCCCCGCCACCGCAAAACGCACAAUUUAUUCCGUUUCGGAUUGUGGCAAGGGGGGUUGGAUAG